AUGUCUCCUAAAAGCCCCUUUGCUUUAUAUUCAGAUUCCUCUGAUUGUUUCCCAUGCCUCAAGGAGUUCUGGCCUAAUGCAGAGAGGGACACGUGUCUCCCCAAGCCUGUAGAGUUUCUUUCCUUCAACGAGGUCCUAGGAAUCAUCCUGGCUGCAUUCUCAGUUGGUGGUGCCUGUCUUGCCAUGAUAACAGCGGCUGUGUUCUAUUGUCACAGGACAUCCCCGAUUGUCAGGGCCAACAAUUCUGAGCUGAGCUUCCUGCUGCUCUUCUCUCUGACUCUGUGUUUCUUAUGUUCAUUAACUUUCAUUGGAGCGCCCUCUGAGUGGUCCUGCAUGCUGCGCCACACAGCAUUUGGGAUCACCUUUGUCCUCUGUAUGUCUUGUGUUCUUGGAAAAACAAUAGUAGUGUUAAUGGCCUUCAGAGCUACACUCCCAGGAAGCAAUGUGAUGAAAUGGUUUGGGCCUACACAGCAAAGAAUGACUGUAGUGUCUUUCACGUUCAUUCAAGUUAUAAUAUGUACUAUUUGGUUGGUUCUUAAUCCUCCGUUCCCAAUGAAAAACCUCACAACAUACAAGGAGAGAAUCAUCCUGGAGUGUGCAUUAGGCUCAGCUGUUGGGUUCUGGGCUGUGCUCGGGUACAUCGGCCUGCUGGCUGUCUUUUGCUUUGUGUUAGCUGUCCUGGCUCGGAAACUACCUGAUAAUUUUAAUGAAGCCAAGCUGAUCACCUUCAGCAUGCUGAUAUUCUGUGCAGUGUGGAUCACCUUUAUCCCUGCAUACGUCAGCUCUCCAGGGAAAUUCACUGUGGCUGUGGAGAUAUUUGCCAUUCUGGCCUCCAGUUUUGGACUAAUAUUGUGUAUAUUUGCUCCAAAGUGUUUCAUCAUAUUGUUUAAGCCAGAGAAGAACACCAAGAAGCAUUUAAUGAGCAAAGAUCAAUCCUGAGAUAUAUGUCGUUUAGAAAAAGAAAAAGGAGAAAUUUGCCUGCAUUGAAAUGGAUUUCCCAACUGUUUUGAUGGUAAAUGUAGAUGACGGAACCAAUAAACAACUCAGUGUGUGCUACAUUUACAGAAAAUCUGAGUUACCAUGCUACAGAAUGUGUUGCUCUUAUUAUUGCUGUCUCUGUGAGCAGGAGAACUCAGCCUUUUCAAUAAAUUGGACACUGAGUAUUGCUUGACUGACCUACAUUUACCAUCAACACUAAUUGGACAACAUAAAUGAACAAAUUUUCCCAUAGCAUACAGUAUAAUGCUUAUGAUGUGCAAAUUCAACUCAGUCUUCACCCUUAAAUAUUGACAUGAAUUUUAAUGCCAUUUUGUGAAUGUUCUUUGAACAUGUUAUGAACUUAUUUAACAAAUAUUAUUUUUUGAUGAGCUAAAUGAGAAAAUAAACAAGGUCAAAAUAGAGAAAAAAGGCUUGGUUCUGUG